CUUUCGUGGGGAAUCUCUAACCUUUGCAUGAACAAAACCAUCUGCCCUAAUGAUCCCAACGACUAUAUUUUCCCCCGCACGAAAAUACCUCCUGUUUUUAAAUACCCGCAUAUGAUUGGCUGCAGAUUAAAAAUACAAUUAGACCCAUUCCGCGCGUCACAUGUGUUUAAACUUUCUAUUUCUCCUCCCUUCCUAUUUCCUCCUUUCUUUCCUUUUACAACUCUUUGUUCUUCAAACAUAAGCAAAUACCCAAUAUGGCACCUCAUAAACUCUGCAUGAUUCCAGGCCCUAUCGAGUUCCAUGAAGAUGUUCUCGCGGCUAUGAGCACUCCCGCCACCUCUCACGUUGACCCAAAUUUUAUUCCCAUAUACGGUGAAGCAAUCGAAAUGGUUCGUAAAGUCGUCUUGACCGAGACUGCUCAGCCAUUCAUCGUGUCUGGUUCAUGUACCUUGGGCUGGGAUAUGAUGGUCAAUUUGAUUGAACCAAAGGAUAAUGUAUUAGUCCUGAGUACUGGUUACUUUGGCGACAAUUUUGCUGAUUGUUUGACUGUGUAUGGUGCCAAUAUCACCAUGUUACGCUCCGAAGUCGGUUCACGUCCUUCGACCGAGGAAGUCAAGAAAGCCUUGAGUGACAAGAAAUACAAGAUGGUCACUAUCACCCACGUUGACACAUCAACUGGUGUCUUAUCCGACAUCCAAUCGAUAGCACACACCGUCAAGUCGAUCUCUCCUGAUACGUUGGUCGUUGUCGAUGGUGUUUGUUCUCUUGGAUCCGAGGAAAUUCGUUUUGACGAAUGGAACCUCGAUAUCGUCAUUUCUGGUUCACAAAAGGGUUUGGGUGUCCCUCCCGGUCUGUCCGUAGUCGUUGCCUCACAACAUGCCCUCCAAAUUUUCAAGAACCGACAGACACCCGUUAUUGCCUACUACUCCAAUUGGAACAAGUGGUUACCCAUCAUGCAAGCCUAUGAAGCGCGUAAACCUUCCUACUUUGCUACUCCUGCUGUUCAAUUGAUUUAUGCCCUUCAUGCCUCUCUCAAGGCAAUUACAAGCCAGCCAAUGGAAGUACGCUUUGAAAAGCAUCGUGCUGUAGCUGCCAAGUUCAGAAGUGAUGUUCGUCAAUUAGGACUGAAGACAGUUGCUCAAUCUGAAGAGUACGCAGCAAAUGGUAUGACAGCCAUUUGGUUACCAGAAGGUAUUGAAAUUCCUCAAUUGGUGCCUGCUCUUGCUUCAAAAGGCGUACAAAUUGCAGGUGGUAUCUUGGUUGGAUUAGCUGGCAAGUACUUCAGAAUUGGACACAUGGGUAUCUCUGUCAUGGAGCCUGAACGCGGCCAUAUUGACAAGGUUCUUGAAGCUUUGACCACUUCUUUAAAUGAGUUGGGUUACAAGGCAUAAAAAAGAAAGUAAAAGAAAAAGAAUAAACUGUUUAUUUGGUUUAAAGCAAGUUUGUGCCAUGCUUGGUUUUUUUUUAUUGGCAUGUGUUUCCAAGUGAUAAGACAUACCUAGUGUAGUUUUAAACGAAUUAUGUAAAUUGUGCAACCAAGACUGGAUAACAAUACUAAAGAAGAGACAA